GAAUAGAGAAGCAUUAAACUUAGCUGCUUCUCUCUUUUUUAUUUGCAUUAUGGCAACAACUCCCUUCCUCCCUCCUCUUAUGUUUUUGCUGCUAUUUGCAACCUUUAGUGCUACUUUGUCUGCCAACAUCACCACUGAUCAAUCCUCCCUUUUAGCCUUAAAAUCUCAUAUAUGUCAUGAUCCACAAAACCCUUUAGCAACCAACUGGUCCACUUCUACCUCUGUUUGCAAUUGGAUAGGUGUCACUUGUGGAUCCAGACACCACAAAGUCAUUGCUCUGAAUUUAUCAAGUAUGGAUCUCACAGGCACCAUCCCACCUCAAUUGGGAAAUAUAUCUUUCCUUGCCUCCCUCAACAUUAGUCAUAAUAGUUUCCAUGGCUCUUUACCGACUAAGUUAAGUUAUUUGCAUAGGCUGAAAUAUUUGAACUUUGGUAACAAUAGUUUCAGUGGAGAAAUCCCAUCAUGGUUUGGUAACUUUGCUCAACUUCAAGGCUUGUUAAUUUAUGACAACAACUUCACUGGUGUUAUCUCAUCCAUUAUUGGUAAUUUGUCAAAACUGGAAAAGUUGAGCUUGUUUAACAACAAUCUCAAAGGGCAAAUCCCUAUGACUAUGGGAAACCUUUCAAAUUUGAAAUGGUUGUACCUGUAUAAUAAUUAUCUUUCAGGCCAAAUUCCUUCCUCAUUAUGCAAUCUGAGUUCCUUUAAGUUUCUCUUUUUAUCCAAUAAUAUUUUAGAUGGAGAAAUUCCAGACUGCAUUGGAAACAUGAGUUAUUCUCUUUCACACAUUGGCCUAUGGAAGAACAAUUUACAUGGUAAAAUACCAGAAAAUUUUGUUAAAGGUUGCGCUCUACAAAGUUUUCGAAUCAACAACAAUCAAGUUGAAGGGUCACUACCACGAUCUUUGAGUAAUUAUAAAGAUUUGAAGCUUCUCAAUGUUGGAAACAACUAUUUAAAUGACACUUUUCCGAAUUGGUUAGUAAAUUUGGGUCAGCUACAAGUGCUUAUCUUGAGAUCGAACAGAUUCUAUGGUGAAGUGGAUAGCUAUGAUGCUACUUUCACUCCUUUGCAUAUCAUCGAUGUUUCUGGCAAUAACUUGAGUGGCUAUCUACCUACCAAACUUUUGGAAAAUCUGCAUGCCAUUAGAGAAGGGUAUGAAAAGAAAGUUGAACGAAAGUACAUGGCAGAUGCAUUGACUCUUGCAACGGUGCAAUAUUCAUUCGACUUAUCUUUUACAGCAAAAGGGUUGAAAAUUGACUUUCAGUCACUAUUAACCAGCUGGAUGGUAAUUGACUUUUAGAAUAAUCAGUUCCACGGAGAGAUUCCUAAAACACUUGGUGAGCUUCACUCACUUAUUGUCCUAAACUUCUCUCACAAUAGUUUAACAGGUCUUAUCCCGCCAUCCUUAGGUGAUUUGUCUGAGCUUGAGUCAUUAGAUCUCUCAUCAAACAAGCUCCAUGGAAGAAUUCCAACAGAGUUAAAAGAUCUUGGAUUCUUAGGGGUGUUAAACCUUUCUCAGAAUAAUCUCGAGGGACCUAUUCCUAAAGGCAAACAAUUUGAUACUUUCACUAAUGAUUCCUAUAUAGGAAACAUGGGUUUGUGCGGGUCGCCGUUAUC